AUGAUCAUUAGAAUUGUCGAAAAUGCAGAAAAAGUAGGCUUCCUCUGGGAACUGAAUGGAGCCAAGGAGAGACUGAAGCUUAUAAAAGCUGAUCUGUUGGAGGAAGGAAGCUUUGACCAGGCCAUACAAGGAGUUGAGGGAGUCUUCCACACUGCAUCUCCAGUGUUCGUGCCAUACGAUCACGACGUUCAGGCAGGACUGACAUAG